AGGUGACGCGCAAAAUUGCUCAUCUCUGCUUAUCAAACGAGCACUGAGCCGCUCAAUUACAGUCUUACAGAAGCAAACGAAGACCUGACCUCCUGCCCACAAUGUUCAGCAUCGAUGGGGACCCAUGGCUGGCCCCGGAUAAGCUCUACCACGUCCUCUUUUGUCUCUUCCUAACCGUCUUCUUCUCCAAACUAGCAUCCCUCGCACGUUACUCCUUUCUCCGUCGCCAUUCGGUUCCUGUAGGUUCUAUCCUCUCCCUUGCCGCCGGCGCUGCGAAGGAAGCGGCUGAUCAAUUUGGCUUUUUCCCUUCUGCCGGUGCAUCGGCCAAGGAUGCGGCCGCUGAUCUUCUGGGUGUCUUGAUAGCUGCAUUCGCACUAUCCAUAAGUAAAACCCCGGAUGGAUCUGACUCAGGCCAGGGUCAAACCCGACGGGUUUUGCCAGUUUGAGUGGACUAUUAAGGCUGAAUUCUUUUUCAGAUCUGAUGUUUUGGAAGCGGAAUUUGUAUUAGAGGAGUUAAUUUGAGGCUUUGGAGGAAAAGUUUGGUGUUUGGUUGCUGAGAAAGUAAAGGAAAAGAAUGUGAAGUUUGGGGAUUCGGAUAUAGUGUUGUUUGUGUCGUGGAGAAAGCAAAAGAAUUAGACGAGUGCAGGAGAAAGUUGUGGGACAAAUGAAUGUCUCAAUAAUUUGAGAGUCCUGGAAGCUAAAAGAAGAAAUUUGUAAUCAUAUGCACUUUUAUCUGACAGUUUCCGGAUUACUUAUAUAGAUUUGUUGGUAUUCACCUUCUGAAGCUCCUUGUUGCCAAAGUCUUUUCGAAAGUGUCACCUUAUUCCUCCGGCGGUUUGACAGCAGAUAAGUUCCUGCUCCACAUAGUGCCCCAAGGAUUGGAGCAGUGAUGUAGAUCCAUAUGCCCUUAUAGUUGUUUGCAGCUAUGGCCGGCCCUAACAUUCUCAUAGGUUAUGUCAUAUCCUCAAGUUCAGGAGGCAUGUGUAACCAUUAAUUACUCUGAAGACUCGUAUUUUUUCUGGUACAAGGAGUUGUAAAUUGCAUCACUUUUCCAACUCAUAAAAUCCCCAUUUCAUUAUCGGAAGGAGGAUUUGUAUAUAAAAAGAAGAAAAGAAGGGCAACGACUCAUCCGCAACAGAAGUAUGUUAAGCAUGAAAGUGUCUUUCGCUGCGAUUUCCACCAACUCCCCACUUGCUUCUGUUCAUAAAUUUAGUCAUAGCUGCCAGGUUUUACGAUUUUUGUACCUUUAUUGAAAUUAUUCUUAUGUAUAUGACAGUUGCAUGCACUGAUUGUACUUGGUUAUCUCUUCAUUUGGAAUAAAUAGUUUGUAAAAAAAUAAUUCAAUUAAA